AUGGUUUGGACAGAGUUCAACUCUCGGUUGCGGCCAUUUGGUCCUCGGUGGCGAACUGGCCUCACAAAGGAUGAGUAUAUGAAAGAUGAUAUGAUGGCGCAGGGGGUGAGGCUAACAAUGAAAGAUCAAGCACGUGUGUACUACAUGUUCGACAGAUACAUGACGAUGAAGCACUCCUUCCGCCAAUAUGACGACAUCGAUGUUGCUGCGUGUAUUCGUGAUGCCAUCGCUGCAUUUCCAAAGGUGGAUAAGUUAUAUGUGGACGAAGUUCAAGAUUUUUCCCCGUCGCAACUCAUGGUGCUCCUUAGUACUUGCUGGGAUCCAGAUGGCGUGACCAUGGCUGGAGAUACAUGCCAGACAAUCAAUGCUGGCAGUGCUUUCAGCUUCAAAGACAUUAUGAUAGCAUUCCGGGAAGGGUUUGCGGAACGAUCUUGCUACGAUGCGGCUUCUAAAGCUCAGCUUCGUUUCCUGCACUACAACUACCGCUGUGCAGCUGGGGUUGCAUUUUGGGCGAACUCAGUCACUUCCUUGCUCUUGGAGCGCUUCCCGCAUUGUGCUGACCGUAUCGAGGAGGAGACUUUGUGCCAGCAGCUCGUUGAGCUACCUUUAAUCGUUCACCUGGAAGGGUUGGCGGAUUAUGGAGAUGCGUUAAAUGGAACAGGCAUGAGGAGGCAGGUUGCGCUUGACAUGCAAGCCGCCACUAUCUUGGUCCGUAGCAACGAAAUGAGGGAACAGCUCCAUAGGGAGGGCGUGGAGGGCACAAUUCUUACGAUUCCUGAGGCCAAGGGACUCGAGUUUGAUCUUGUUGUCAUCUGUGGACUUUUCAGCAGUUCUCUGAAUAGCGACAUGUUGGGUGCGCUCGCCGACGACGAUUCGGAGGAGUCUCAGUUGGCUGCAUUUGCGGCAGACGAUGGUCCAGGCCAAGGUGCAUUUCUACAGCUUAAUGCUGCUUUUUACGCCCUCACGUCAGCGAUUCAUGAGCUCAAGCUCCUCUACACGGGGAUUACCCGUGCCCGCAGUGGCUGUGUUUUACUGGAGUGCUGUCCUCGUCGAGACUCGUGGCUGCGACUGGUGCACCGGUGGCAGCAGGCGAACCUCGUCGAGUGGAUCGACGAUGCCGAGGCGUAUCGUGUCUGCUCAGAGUCGGACUGCAGGAGCAGAGUUCGUUGUGCUGGCUCUCCCUCUGCCAGGUGCCAAAGCGCUGACGUCGAGAAGGCGGGUUCUGCCUCGAGCAGCUCCUCCAGUGAGGUCUCGCUCGGGCCCGCCGAGAUCAGCAUGCGAGAGUGGCUGGAGGCCGAGCUCGAGGCGCGCACGGGCAGAGUUCACCAGAAGGCCCGCAAGGUCGCGUGCGGCACGCUGGACCAGGCCGUGGCCCGUACGUCCGCGGGUUCCUGGCUUUUCGUGCUCGACCUGCACGACUGCUGA